AACAACUAAUUGGCUUGAACAGUCAUGGCAAAGGAAGCCAAAUGCCUUUAGCUUUUAACUGUAAGAGACCAGAGGUUUCGGAACAACUCCGUAAGUGAAAAUGUUUAACAGACUGAAAGCAAAAUUUACCAAAGUGAUGCCAAGCCCAUCAGAGGAAAAAGUGAACCAUGAUCCAGACCCUCCAAAGCCAUCACCUCCACCUCAGCCACCUCCAGGCCAGGAAGAAAAUAAGCAAGAAAAGAAAGAAAAUGAGGGUGCAAAUGGUGUUCCAAAGAAAGAGACAGAAAACACCACCCAGCCUAAUUCCAAUCAACAAGAUGCAGCCAACACUACAGCAAAAGUUCCUGAACCCACCCAAGAUAAAAAAUCAGCAAACCCUCCUGGAACAACAAACCCAGAAGAGGUACAGCCAGUCAAGGAGAAAGAAGAGGCAGCUGAUGCAGAGAAUAAAAGACCAGGAACACCCAUAAAUGAAUAUGCCCAAGAACAGCUAAAAGAAAUUGUCAAGAAAAUGAAAGAAAGGACAGCUGUGUAUAGAGAAAAGCUGACAGAUCCCGUCAUCUCUUCUCCCGAGCCCAGUCCAACAGCCACACCCAAAAAGCAACCCCCGCCUCCUCCGCCAAAAGAAGAAAAAAAGGAUGAAAAGAAGGAUGAAAAGAAGGAUGAAAAGAAGGAUGAAAAGAAGGACGAAAAGAAAGAUGAAGAAAAAAAGGCAGAAGAAGUCAAACCCGAGGAAGACCAUUACUGUGACAUGCUGUGCUGUAAAUUCAAGAGGCCACCCAUCAAAGCAUAUAUGAAAAAACUGAAGCUACCAGAAAGUAUAGAUGCAUACACAGAUCGUCGCUAUAUAGGAUGGCUGUUCCUUGUUACCAUAACUUAUAACUGGAAUUGCUGGCUCAUCCCACUGCGUAUGGCAUUCCCAGUCCACACAGCAAGCAACAUGAUAAAUUGGAUUGUUGUGGACUUCUUAUGUGACCUUUGCUAUAUCUGUGAUGUACUGGUAUUUCAGCCCAGAGUAGAAUUUGUGAGAGGUGGAGAUAUAAUAUCAGAUACAGCUGAAAUGAAGAAAUAUUACCGCAGUUCAUUAAAAUUUCGGCUUGAUGUGUUUUCUGUAAUACCAUUCGAUGUCUUAUAUGCUAUAUUUGGAUUUUACGCAAUAUUCAGAGCAAACCGGGUAUUUAAGGUCCUCACAUUCUUUGAAUUUAAUGACCGGUUAGAGGGAAUAAUGGAUAAAGCCUACAUCUAUAGAGUCAUUCGAACUACUGGAUACCUCUUGUUCAUCUUACAUUUGAAUGCAUGCGUAUAUUAUUGUGCCUCAGUCUAUGAGGGACUUGGCAGCACUAAAUGGGUUUAUGAUGGCAAAGGAAAUAUGUAUCUACGAAGUUACUAUUGGGCAGUUCGAACUUUAAUUACUAUCGGUGGACUUCCUGAACCAGUAACCACGUUUGAAAUCGUUUUUCAACUUCUGAAUUUUUUCUCAGGAGUCUUUGUAUUCUCCAGUCUGAUUGGUCAGAUGCGGGAUGUCAUUGGAGCAGCCACAGCAGGGCAGAACUACUAUCGUGCUUCUAUGGAUAACACCGUUUCAUACAUGAACGUUAAUACAAUUCCAAGAAUUGUUCAGAAUCGUGUUCGAACUUGGUAUGAGUAUACAUGGGACUCCCAAGGAAUGCUGGAUGAAUCUGAAUUACUGGAACAGAUGCCAGGAAAAAUGCAUCUAGCCAUUGCUAUCGAUGUGAACUUUACCAUAGUUAGUAAAGUUGACUUGUUCAAAGGAUGUGAUGUUCAAAUGAUAUGCGAUAUGCUGUUGAGACUGAAAUCCAUAGUGUACUUACCUGGUGAUUUUGUCUGCAAAAAGGGUGAAAUUGGUCGAGAAAUGUACAUCAUUAAACAAGGUGAGGUUCAAGUACUUGGGGGUCCUGAUGGCACCAAAGUCCUGGUCACCUUGAGAGCAGGAGCUGUAUUUGGAGAGAUCAGCUUAUUAGCAGCAAGUGGAGGAAAUCGGCGGACAGCAAAUGUCGUAGCCCACGGAUUUGCCAAUCUGUUUAUUCUCGACAAGAAGACACUGAAUGAAAUCUUGGUGCACUACCCUGAUUCUGAGAAGCUCUUGCGGAAGAAGGGAAAAGCACUCAUGAAGAAGACAGGCAAGCCUCCUCCAGGACCUGCCCCAACUGCAAAAGGCUUUUCCCUGCUGACUCAGAAAUUAGAACCACCCAAAAUGUUCCAAGCCUUGCUUGGCGGAAAAGGAGGUGGCAUGGCUGCAGUUCUCAAGCUCAAAAGAGAACAGGACGAAAAAGAAAGACAAGAACAAGAAAGACAAGCAAAGGAAGAACAAGAAAGGAGAGAAAAAGAAGAAAAAGAAAAGGCAGAAAAAGAAAAGGCAGAAAAGGGGAAAAAAGGAAAGAUGAAAGUACAGCUUCAAACCAAACCAACAGAAGAAAAGCCACCCCCAGUUCCUCAGGGCCAAGAACCUCAAACACAACCUAAGCCAGUUGCCCAGAAGGAAGAGCCAGUUGCCAGUUGCCAACCACCACCACGAUCUCCUACUCCCCCUCCCCCUUCUCCUCCUAAACCAACUUUGCUGAGAGGAAUCACUGACCAGUCCCUUAUCAUUACCAUGGGACCUUCCACCAUACCUGGAGAAGGAGAAAUCCUUACUGUUGAAGUUAAAGAAAAGAAGCAAGCUUAAUUGGCAAUUUUUUGUGUCAUGCAUUAUAUCCGAGGCUGUGCGUCAGAGAUGCUCAAUUCAGCAUUCCCAGGAUCUAAGUUUUCUUCUAUAAAAGUGCAGCCAUUUUCAGGCAAUCUUUGUAUAUUCAAAGAAUCCAAGUGGAAGAUGAUUGGUGGAGCAGCAUCUGAGCAGGUUCUGCCUCAGCUCACAUGUGCAUCCAAUGUAACAGUUGAAAAGAUCUGGGAAAAUACAGCUGGAGAAGGAAUCCACAAAAAUCAUGCUUUGCGAUGGUAACUGGGAUUUGAACUCCAAGGUGUUGGAUCAGCUUUUCUUGUCACAAAAAAGGACAAGGACCCCAAGAGCCUUAGCUGUGCUUGUAUAGUUUCCUAUAUUACAUAGUAUUAUAAUUUUAUAAAUAAUGACUGAGAUCCUAUAUCACAUUCAUAAUUAUGUAAAUGUAGUUAUGAAUGACCUAAGGAACCAAUCGUUAGAAACUACUCAUAUGUUGUGGUUUGGGGAUUAGAGGAGGCUGGUCUUUGCCUGUGCCACAUACUCCUGUCCCUCAGGUUAAGAUGGGUUUGGGGAACAAUAAUGAAUCAUGAAUGCAUAGCAUAUAUGUAUAUGGAGCAAUUAAAAAUCUCUAACCCUGAGUUAAUUUACCAUUUAUAACUCUAGGUGAUUUCAUUUUGUCACUUAAAAUUAUAGUUUCUAGAUGUUCAGCAGCAAAUCCAACCCAAGACAAGCUGUCAUCUGAGGCAGAGCUGAAAAUACUGUUCAUCCCAGCAAAUCUAUGUCAAAUUGAGCAAUUUUGUCUCAAAUAAACCCAUUUAUUUUGGUACCUGAUGACCGUAGAAGAAUAUCAGUAUAGGGGCACAUUGGUUGGCCUAUCUAUCCAUCUAUCUAAAGUGGCUUCCAACCAUUUUUUGUCCAUGCUAUACCCAAGCUUCUAUAAAAUUCUGACAUAUAAUUAUUAUUCAAAACAUGAACUCCUAUUCACAUGGAAAAAGCCUAAAAGGCCAUUAACUUGGUCUAAACAAACUUUCAAAAGCCCUAGCCAGCUUGUUCAAUGGUCAGGAGUUCUGGGGGUUGGAGGCCCAAACAGGUGGAGUGCUGGCGGUUGAGGAUGCCUGAUAUAGACUCUAAUUUCUGAACAGGAUUUUUAUAGGAAAUGUUUUUCUGACUUAUUUUUCCACAUAAGGGAUACUGAAUGUAUAUGUAGAAUAAAAUAGUGCAUUUUAUCUUGACAUUAAAAACCACAACAAAUGUAAUGGCCUGGGUAGCUUUACUUUUGUGUGUGUGUGUGGGGGCGG